GGCAGUGCACCUUUAUGUCAAGUGUCAGUAGUACAACUUUAUUUCAAGUGUCAGUGCAUUUUCAGUUGGGAAUGAAGUUAACGAGACCCUACCUUACAUCAACACGGCGUCAUCCGUAGCUAUAGCUGGUCGUGGCUCCACCUUGGCUCCCCGUAAGGCCUAUGUGAAACGAGAGAUAAUCACGUCGCUUGGGGAGAGCAGAUUUAUUCUAAUCCGUGUCGCCACGCUAACAGUUUCCCCUUCCGAGUCCAAGUUUCAAGUGUUGGUGUCAAAGUACACCCGUUACAAUUCGAUACAGCGUGUCCAGUUUUUCGAGGAAACGAUGCGCCUGAUUUUACCGAGUACGGGAAAUGGUAUUGAACACGUUCCUGACAGUGAUUGCGGUCAUGGCUGUGGGAGUUUGGCUCCGUCAGGAAAUGACUGCUGAAAAAGUAACUGAUGCAAUAGCGUCCAAGGAGGCAGUAGAAGGAAGAGGAGAGGAGCGUUCGGCUUCAGUAAGGAGGCCGGCCAGACGUUCAUGACGACUUGCCUGUCGGAUCGGUGCAUCUCUCCCAGUGAGUAUGACAGGCUGAGACGGUCUCGCCUUGUUUCCUGAGACGUUUCCACGGAGGGGUGAGCUAAAACUUUCCGCGGAAUGGCGGGAGAGGAACCCAGGGCCUCCCCUUCGGGCCCCGGGGGAGAGAGUGACGCUGGCACCGCCUCCGCCGCCGGUAACUGGACCCCAGACUCGGAGUCCGCGUCUUACUCCUACAGUUCUGCCGACUACGUCCAGGAGAUCGACUGGACGACCAUGGGGCCGGCCACCGGGGCGUACGCUCUGAUCUUCCUGCUGGGGCUGACCGGGAACGCCAUGGUCAUCUUCGCCGUCCAUCGCUGCCGGCGGCUCCACACGGCCACCAGCCUUCUCCUGGCCAACCUGGCCCUGGCGGACCUUCUCUUGGUCCUGUUGCUGCUUCCCAUCAAACUGGUGGUGGAGAUUCUGGACCACUGGCCUUUGGGUGGAGCCGUGUGCCGAAUCAUGCCCUUCAUCAGCGUCGUGUCCCCGACAUGUUCCAUAUACACCAUGACGGCCAUCGCACUAGAGAGAUGUUACGCCGUGCUGUUUCCAUUGGAGACCAAGUCUGUCAUUACCAUGGGCCGUACGCGCAUAGCUAUCCUCGUCAUCUGGCUCUUCUCGCUAGUCAUGUGCGUCCCAGCCUUCUUCUCAAAGAAAAUCUGGGAAUUGAUCCGAGGUGGCCUCGAGUGGACCGUCUGCGGCGACGGCUGGCCCACCGACGCGGUCACCAUGGGCUACACCAUCUACAUCUGCGUGCUGCUGUUCGGUGUCCCAAUCCUGAUCAUAGCCGUCUGUUACAUCUUGAUCAUCGUUCGUCUGUUCACGGGCAAGCGUCUGACGCGGCACAUGAGGCCGUUGUCGGCGGCCAACGUCCCCUUACAACGGAUGCCGGUGGGAGGGGGCGCUCCCACGUCGGUGACCAGGGAGGAGACGGUGGACUGCCCCGGGUCGGACGACGAGGGUGACGGUCGUCACGGCUCUGUGGAGGGAAAGCGGUGCGGUGGCUACUCCGCGGUACCUACAGGGCGCCCUCAGCGGAAACAGAGGACUGAAACGCAGAAACUUCAGCGCAUCGUAGCCAUGCUCAUCGUGGUGGUGGUCGUGUUCCUCCUCUGCUGGGGUCCCUUCUUCACCUUCGCCGUCCUGCACCGGGCCGGCCUCUCCGGAGUCCCGGGCUACAGCGACCAACUCUGGAAAAUCAGCCUGGCCCUGCACCUCCUGGCCUACGCCAACAGCUGCCUGAACCCGUUCAUCUACGCCUUCAUGUCGGAGAGUUUCCGGGAAGGGUUCAUGCUGGCUCUACGCACGUGUAUGGGGGGUAAGCAAGGGCAGGGCAGGCGGCGCAUCAGCCAGCAGUCGACGUACUGGAGCGCGGUGAACACGCGGAACAUGUCCCUCUCCUCUGCCAACUCGCCCCACCGGAUCGGAGCGACUGUUUGAAUUCUUCAAAUAUGACAAGAAGGUUAUCAGCUUCGGUCCAAACAUUUGGCCACCGUAUCAAAUGAACGAAAUGAGCAAUGCUCAUAGCGAUUUGUGGCAAUUUUUUGCACAUCAACAGUUGGAAAAUGUGUGAUAUCUUUGAGUGGUGGCAGUUUGUUGAGUGUUAUCAGUUUUGAUUUAUUUUUUCAAAAUGGCCGCCAAUGUGCUUGUUACCGGAUUAAAUUAUGUGAUAACAAUCAUGUUUUGGCUGCCAUUGUUUAAAAAAGUGAUAGCAUCCCAAAAGCUGCCACAUCUGCAAUGCUCACAUUAUUUUCCAACAACAAAUCAGCAUAACUUUGUCAAAAAUCACAAUAACUGAAGCAUUAUUCCCUCAUUUUGAUACCGACCAAACCCCCAGACUGAUGGCCUUUGGCAAAGACCUUCAUGAGAACGCAGGGAUUCCUUUACUUAAGCCUCGUCAGUUUUACGUGUGGCGUUAUUUCUAAGUGCAUUUCCCGAACUUUGGUUCUAUAGCUUCAGUGUUGUUUCAAUCGAUCAGCUACAGCAUUUUAGUGGUAACCACUUGACUGUUACUGCCAAAUUAAUGUUGUUGUUUUGUAAAUUU